AUGGCAGAGACUCGGUCCUCAAUUCGAAACUUGGAGAUACAAGUGAAUCAGUUGAGCAAUAGGAUACCUGAGAGACCUCCCAACACUCUUCUAAACAACACAGAAGUAAAUCUGAGAGAAGAGUUUAAGGCUCUCAAUAUGGAUAAGGAGGCCGAAUCCAAGGAAGAGAAUGCUGCUGAGGAUUUAAAGGAGAACAAGGCUCAAGUUGAGACUGGGAGUGCACUUGUACACGACCCUGUAAAGAUGAAGGAGCUUGAAGCACAACACCCCCUAAACGUGCAAAAGGAGAGUGAGGAUGAACAAAUUGCUCAAUUCUUGGUACACCUCAAGAAGUUACAAGUAAAUAUUUCUUUUGUUGAGGUGUUGCAAAAGAAACUCCCCUAUAUGGCCUAUUUAAAAAGUGUAAUUUCUGAGAAGACAGCCCUGAGGGGAGAUGAAACUGUGGUGCUGACCAAGGGGUGCAGUGCAUUAGUGCAAAAGAAGCUACCUCAAAAAAUGCCAGAUCCCAGAAGCUUCCUGAUUCCCUGA